AUGAGAUCCAAGUGUCUGAUAUUUCUUUGGGCACUAUCAUUGAUUCCUCAUGCGUUCUGUUUCAAUGCGUUACUGAUCAGUAUCGGUGCGGCCGGUCAUGUGACUCCAAUGUUUGAGUUGGCAAAAGCAAUGAAAAAUCACAAUGUUACAUUUCUUACCGAACAACUCGCUCAAUCUUAUGUUGAUUUUAAAUCAUAUUCGAAUUCGCUCUCAUUUCGUGUCGUUUAUGCAAAUGAUUCACCAGAUGCGUUCAUCGUGCAAAAGAAAAUCGAGCAACAAGUCACUGCGUAUUCUGCCAACCAUUCUCUGUUGGAUGGUUUAUCUUAUGCAACGACAUUGUUGGGCGACAGUGCCACUUCGUUAUUGAACAAAACAGUCCAUAUUUUAAUGCUCGAGCGAUUUGAUGUCAUCAUCGCUAAUUCACUUCUGGGCAGUGUUCGCAUUUUAUGCAAGGUAGUAAACGCGCCCUGCGUGAUACAAAGUACAGAAUCGCUAUUUAAUAUUUUCGAUUUCAAUCAACCGAAUAGUUACUCGUUAUUAUCAUCGAAACAAUUGACUGAAAUCAAAUAUCGUCUCUACAAUGUUGCUUUUACUUUCCGACUGACAAUGAGCGUAGUCAAGAUACUAGUGCCAUCAUUCUACAAAAUGCUUCAGUCUGCUCCACGAGUACCUGGACCAUUUUACGAAAGUUUUGCUCUAACUAAUGUUCUGUUCUCAAAACCCAAAUGUCUCGAACUUAUCAGUAUACCGCCAAGUUUUUACACACCAUCUUAUUCAAAUCACUAUACAAAAUACCUCGGCCCAUUUGUGGAUGAAACAUCAAUCGACCAUGCUGAUGACGAUUUGACAAACUGGAUCAAUUCAAAGCCGAUUGAUUCCAUUAUCUACACGGCUUUCGGCAGUACCUCCGUGAUCAAAGUCGAUCGGAUGCAGAAUUUGCUCAAUGGUCUGGUCGCGUUUCUGCUUCAAACACCUGGUUCUUCUGUCUUGGUGGCAUUUCGCAGUGCGAAUUAUGAGACCUAUCAAACUGUACUAAGCGACAUAAAGAAUGACGAAUUUCGACGUAUUUUGAAUGAUGAUCAACGCGUUAAAGUCGAAAAUGGAUUUGUAAAGCAAAAAUGGAUUUUGCAACAGAAUUCGGUGAAGCUAUUUUUCAGUCAUUGUGGGAUGGGUUCAUCUUUAGAAGCACUUUACUUUCAGAAACCCGUAUUAUGCAUACCGUUCGGCAUGGAUCAAUUUGUUAACGCAAUUGUAAUCGAUCGUUCGAGUGUUGGACUGUCGUUGUUCGUUCCGCCUUCUCCGCUACAAUCACUGAUAAAUCCGCUUGAUUUUACUGAUUACAAGUUUUCAGCUAGCAGUGUGACAACUAAACUAUCAAUAAUGUGGAGGAACGCCGCCACCUACAAAAAAGCGGUCAGAAUCAUGUCGCUUGAAAUGAAACACGCCGGUGGUUUGAGGCGAGCCGUAGAAGAAAUUGAAUUCUUGGUGAAUUUAGACGGUGACUUAGAUCGCUAUGCACCGUUUUCGACUACACUACCGUUCUGUCAGCGAUACAUGCUUGAUUUAGUGAUGAUAUAUGUUGUUUUACCUGCAGCAAUCAUAACAUACUUUGUCGUUAAAUGUUGUAACAGCCGUUUAAAAGUUGGAUUGGCAGUUACAUAG